GCCCUGGAGGCAGAGAAGCGGGUUUGGCUUUUGGCAGAGAUGGAGAGCUCGAGGUUGCCUGUCGAGAUUAUUGCUUAUAUUUUAAGCUUUCUGCCCAUCCCUGACAGGAAAGAGGCAUCUCUGGUAAACCGGAUCUGGUAUUCGGCCGCUCAAGAGUCCCUUCGUCAGGAGAACCUCUUGUACAACAUUCCUGCUAGCUCUGCCUCACUGAGGACCAUUAAGAGUUUGGCCCAUAGGCAUGUGGGCAAUGUCAAGAUGACGAACCUGGAUGGAUCUGCCACAUCUCGUGAUGUUGUCAGGCACGUCGCCAGCUACCUGGGGCCACACCUGCUCAGCUUGUGCCUCCAUGGGAGUAGUCUGACAGAGACAAGCUUUGAGGAGCUCCUCCUGGCCUGCCCGUGCCUCACAACCUUGGAUCUAAGUGGCUGCAACAGCCUCUUUAUGUCCGGGACCCUGCUUUCCAAGGAAGAGAGUUACCUGAAAGCCCAGGAGACUCUAGCAAACUUACAGCAGCUGAACUUGUCUGGCUUACGAUACUUGUCUGACAUUUCCUUCAAUCGCUUAACCAACUGGUCUCCGCGCCUGGCCAAGCUCUCCCUUGCUCGCUGCCACAUCACCUUUGAAUUUGAUACUUACCAUGGCUCCACCAACUACAACUCCUCAGCUCUGUUAUCUUUCCGCAACCUCCUGCAGUUCCUGCGGAAGCGAGCCAGCAGCAUGAAAACUUUGGACUUGAGUGGAACCAACAUCUCAAGCCAGGCAAUGAAGUCCCUGGCCCAAGUUGAAAAUCUGCACCUGGAAGGGAUGGUGUUGCAAGCCUGCCAUGAUCUGACCAACGAAACUGUGAGCAUCCUGUGCCAGCACCAGCCCCACAUAACCUCCUUGGAUCUAAGCGGUUGCUCUGAGCUGUCUGACCAGGCCAUCCUGACUGUCUGCUCCCGGCUACCAGGCCUCCGGUGCCUGUGUUUAGGGAAGCUCCCGCGUGUAACUGAAGGUGGUUUCCAAAAGAUCUCACAAUUGAAGCAUCUCCAAAAAUUGGAUGUAUCUGAAUGCAGUCUUGUGAACUGUGGUGAACUGGCAAAAGCUCUUAGUGCUGCCAAGGGACGGCCCAAACUGGUUUCCCUAAAUGCUGCCUUCUGCUCUUUACUACAGGAAAGUUCAAUCCUCUCACUGGCUGAAACCCUGAGCAAGAGCCUUCGGGUUCUGGAUCUCUCAUCCUGUGUGUCACUUGGCAACAGAAGCAUCCAAGCCAUUGCUUCCCACCUCUUGCUCUUGAGAGUCCUGCGUUUGGCCUGGUGCAAAGAACUGACAGAUUGGGGCUUGUUGGGUGUUGAGGAAUCUCAAGAGGAGCGUGAACAUGUUGCAAAGAAGGAUGCAGGCCCUAAAUUCAGCAGAAACUUUGGCAACCUGGGCUUCUUCCAGCCACCUCCACAAGUUCUGGAGCAGGAUGACCAGAUUCUCAUUGACUUCGCCAAGCACUCCGUCCAAGAAAAACGCCAUGCCUCUUUGAGUGCCUUAACCCAUUUGCAAGAUCUUGACCUUACAGCUUGUGGAAAGCUGACGGACAAGAGCAUCGCCAAGGUGAUUAGAUUCCCUGAGCUCCGUCGCCUGUCCCUCAGCCUCGUGCCCAACAUCACAGACAAUAGCCUUCUAGCCAUUGCUCGCCACUGCCGGAGCUUGGAACAUCUGUCCUUGAAUCAUUGUGUGAACCUGACGGAUAAGGGCUUUGUAGAGGCAGCUGGCUCUCUGCCCAGGCUUCAGCAUCUCAUUCUUUCUGGCUGCAACCAGUUAACAACCUGGACUCUGAAGGCUAUUGGUCAAGAGUGUCGGCAACUAAAAAGCUUGGACGUCUCCAUGUGCAGCCAGAUUAGCAUGGCAGAUGUUGAACACUUCCAAUCCUACUUCCCACUACAGAGUCAGGCUAGCAUCCAGUCCCGUUUUGUGGGCGGAGCAGACCUUUCCAUUAGUCUUUGAGGCAGAGAGCACAAAGACAAAGAGUUCAAGAUCAUCGGCUGGCUUCUAAUUUCCCCGGCAGCUUCUGCUGGGAAGGACAAAGUAUCCUUGGGAAACUCCUGCUGCCUUGGUGGUCCCUUGACCAGGGGAUGGUUCAGUUCUCAAACGAUCUUUGUGCAUUAGCCUUCCUAGCAAGGCUACCGUCACCCCAGUGCUGCAAGUUCAACGGAGAAAUUUAUCUUGACCCUGAAAGGAGGUAUCUGGUGCAAGGCAAACACCAUCAGCAAAAAGGAAAGAUGUUGGCUGCUAUUAGUGUAAAAUGUACACAGCCAGUAAGAAAUACUUAUGCUGGCAUGUUCAUGAAGCAAAUAAGAGAUAUUUUAUAUUCAUAAUGUUUUUAAAAGGUCUGAAUUUUAAGAUCAGUGCCCCUUCUGAUCAUUAAAACUGAAAAGUAAA